AAACUUGUAUUCAAUACUGCCUUCUAUUCUUUUUAAAAAAAAAUAAAUUCAUUUGUUAAUGUAAAGUGUCGAAUGGAAGUUGACAUAUUGAUAUAAAGUUAAACAAAAUUAACAGAAACUUCUCUUUGGUCACACGACAACCUUUUUCCUACCACCGCUCACUUCAUGACCGAGCCGCGAAACGUGCGACUUCCGUUACCGAAACUUUCCUCCAAUUAAUAAGUGGACGUAAUGGACGGCGGCGUUGGACUGUGAAAAUUUUCGAAUAAACCGCAAAUGAUGACAAUGUUAUCUCCAAAAGCGGCACUCGGUAUCGCCGCAGGCGUCUGCGGAACAUUAAUAUUGGGUUAUUGCAUAUAUUUUGACCACAAGAGGCAUCAAGAUCCCAAUUUCAAACAGAAAUUACGUGAAAGACGUAGAGCUCAAAAGGAAGCUUCAGCAGGUGGACGUAGGACAAAGACAGAUUUUCCAAAUAUGAAAGAUCACGAAGCCGUACAAAGAUUCUUCCUCCAAGAAGUACAAUUAGGUGAAGAGCUCUUGGCAGCUGGAGAUUUGGAAAAUGGAGUUGAUCAUUUGGGUAAUGCUGUAGCAGUUUGCGGACAGCCCAACGAUUUGCUCCAGGUGCUCCAACAAACAUUGCAACCACAAGUGUUCCAUCUCCUUGUCCAACGACUGCCAAAUGUUGGCCCGCGUGGGGGUGGGCCAGAUAAGCAGAUGCAAGAGGACGAUGUCGAAUAGUCUCAUUGUGCGCCUUUACUAGUCACUUUGUUAGGUCGUUUCCAUAACUGUACAUUUCAUCCCGUUUCAAAUGUAUAAAGUAUGAUCAAACAAAAGAAACCUUGUCUUUGUUUUUACUGAGUUUCGGACGAUGGUUUAUUUUUGAUCUUUAUUUGCCAAUUAAACCAUUCUAGUACUGUUAUGGUUGUUAAAACAGUCGCCAUUUUUUUAAUGGGUUCGCAAAAUAUGUUGGAAAAACAUUGUGUAGUUAUAACUUUUGUAUAACAAUUUGUCUAACUUUUUUUUAACUUUUAUUAAAAUCGUUAAUCAUAAUUCUUUCAUACUUUCUGCCUUCUUUAUAUUAUAAUAUUAAGAAUACGCAUAAUACCUGAUUAUCAUGUGAACGCAAAGUACAUUUAUGGCCUGAUUGUAAUGUUACAAGUGCCCAUUAUAACCUUUGAAGGGAGUUCGAGUGCUGUUAAUAAAUUACUUUUCAAAACUU